ACCCAUAUAGCUAGGUUGUGGAAAUCAGAAAGGCACAUAACGUUUUUCUGUCUCUUUGAAAAUGAUACUAUAGGCUAAACAAUGGCGCACACCUGAAACGAUGUCUUGUAUGUGGACUGGGUUGAAUUUGUCAUCUUCCGUUGUAUUAUCACAAUCCCAGUCUCCCACGUUUGUAAUUACCCAGCACAGGAACCAGGAAGAGAAGUUUGAAUGCAACACGCGUCCUAUUUUUUGUUUUGGGCAACAAUUCUGAUGCGAAUUUAUAAUGAGGAUUACUUUUAAGUGAUCGGCAAUGUCUGAUAAGGGUCCUGUAUUAACGUCAGGUAUCAUUUUUUACCUAUCGAUCGGGGCAGCAAUAUUUCAAAUACUUGAAGAACCCAAUUGGAAACUGGCCAAAUCCGAAUAUUCCCGUCAAAAGGAAAACAUUCUUAAAACAUAUCCGUGCUUGACUAAAGAAGAUCUGAACUAUAUUUUGGGGGUGGUGUCAGACGCUGCUGGACAAGGUGUGACCAUCACUGGAGAGAAUACCUACAACAACUGGGACUGGACCAAUUCGGUUGUCUUUGCUGCCACUAUUGUCACUACCAUAGGUUAUGGUAAUGUUGCCCCAAAGACGGCUGGCGGCCGUAUAUUCUGCAUCCUGUAUGGCCUGUGUGGGAUCCCUCUCUGCCUCACCUGGAUUAGUGAGCUGGGCUCGUUCUUCGGAGACAGAGCCAAGCGCCUGGGACAGGUCCUGGUACUCAAAGGCCUUAGUGUGAAAAAGGUCCAGUUGAUCUGCACGGCCAUCUUCCUCCUGUGGGGUCUGCUGGUACACCUGGUUAUCCCCCCGUUUGUGUUCAUGUCCCUGGAGGGAUGGUCGUACCUGGAGGGCUUCUACUUCUCCUUCAUCACCCUCACCACUGUCGGCUUCGGGGACUACGUCGCAGGUAUCAAUCCAAACAUAGACUACCCAAGGCUGUACCGGGUGUUUGCAGAGGUGUGGAUCUACAUGGGUCUGGCCUGGCUGUCUCUGUUCUUCAGCUGGAACGUCCACAUGGUUGUGUCGGCUCACAAGGUCCUGAAGAAGAGAAGGCAGAGACACAGGAUGGACCACCUGGAACACCGAUGGCAGCUCGAGAAGGACGACAUCCGCAGCCCUCGCCGCCUCCCCACCGCCGUCGACAUCUUCAACUUCCUGUCUGAGAAGCAUGAGGACUACAGCACCGCCAUCAGGCAGAUUGGCGCUGCCGCGAAGCCGAAGACGGAAUUCAAGGAGUUGAGUCGUUCAAAGAGCUGUAGUGACAUCCUGGGGACAAAUAUCCAAACCCUGGAGCAUUCCCCACGCCGCCUGAGGCGCCACCUCAGCAUCAGUCACAAUAUGUUACUAAGCAGCUUUGGGAUGGGAGAGGAGGUGCAGAGGCUUAUCGAGGAUGACCCUGUCUUUAUGAAAGACCCUGUGUUUGAGGAGAACUGUCUGGAUAGGGACACUAGAGCGAAGGCUGUUUAUGUGUCCAACUCAAAAGAGAACCUAAACCCCGCCGAUCUAGGUCCUAACAUCAACAAAGAGGAGAAUGUUCAGAAUCAAGAUGGUGGAGAGAAUAGGUUUACUGUAUCAAAGGUAGUGGAGGGGGAUUCGGGAGAGGAGAAUGAUGAGAAAGGCUGAAGCCUUGGAUCCAUCCUCUUCAUGGAGAACUGAAUGAUGUAAUCAAAAGGGGACUAUCGCGCUCUCAUAGAAGUUUGGUUGGUGUAGAAAACCUGUGAAUUCAGAUAAAGUAAAAGGUAUGAUGGGUCUGUGAUGGGUCUGCGGAUCAUCACAACUUUUUAUUUAUUGUACCCAUCACACCUUUUUAUUUAUCACCCCAUCACACCUUUUACUUUAUCACCCCAUCACACCUUUUAAUUUAUAACCCCAUCACACCUUUUAAUGUAUCACCCAUCACACCUUUUAAUGUAUCACCCCAUCACACCUUUUAAUGUAUCACCCCAUCACACCUUUUAAUUUAUCACCCCAUCACACCUUUUUAUUCAUCACCCCAUCACACCUUUUUAUUUAUCACCCCAUCACACCUUUUUAUUUAUCACCCCAUCACACCUUUUUAUUUAUCACCCCAUCACACCUUUUAUUUAUCACCCCAUCACACCUUUUAAUUUAUCACCCCAUCACACCUUUUUAUUUAUGACCCCAUCACACCUUUUUAUCCAUCUGAACUGAAUGAUGUAGAAGCAUCAUAACAAGGUCCUGGGACAACCAGAGACUAUGGCAGAGUUAGGAUUGGUCACAUUCCCCUGUGGUGAGGAGUGGAAACAAAUUUUCAACGGUUUUCCUUAACAUCGUGAUCAGUGAAAUGUAUGACCCAAGAUUAUCAAGGCCUAAGAUCAUGAACACAGUCUGGACAACUUCCUGUCUUCUCUGUUAUCUUUAUCUCGAUGUUAAACACACAUUUUGGUCUGUGGGAAAAGUAAAAGAAGGAAAAUAUAGCAAACAAUGGACUCCUUAGAGUUGCCAGUGUGAUUUACCUGACUCUAAAAUGAGAAACUGAAAGCUAUGUAGUUUGUCUAUUGUUACAAACUGCCUUCAGAAAUAAAGUUUACAUGAGUUUC